AUGUCCGACCCCAAAAAGUACUCUGUUGGGUGGAUCUGCGCUAUCAAAGUGGAAUAUGUCGCGGCGCAAGAGUUUCUCGACGAAGAGCAUGAUCCCCCCGUCUACCUCUCCCAGCACGACAACAACAACUAUGCUCUGGGUAGAAUUGGCAGACACAAUGUCGUGAUAGCCACCCUCCCCUUUGGAGAGUAUGGGACAAACUCUGCGGCGGCUGUUGCUAGGGAUAUGAUGCAUUCAUUCCCUAAUGUCCGGGUUGGCUUGAUGGUUGGCGUUGGUGGCGGCGCCCCCAGCCCAAGUCACGACAUCCGCCUAGGUGACAUCGUUGUCGGCGCUUCGUCUGAUGGGAAAGGUGGAUUGAUUCAGUAUGACUUUGGGAAGAAUAUCCAGGGAGGUGGCUUUCAACCUACAGGGCUCCUAAACCAGCCACCAUUUUUGUUACGAACAGCGCUGGCUGGCCUUCAAAGUCAUUACGAGAGGAAGGGCCAUGGACUUGAAGAGGCAGUUAAUAGUGUGCUUGAGAGAAACAAGAGGCUAGAAAGUCUGUAUAUGCGGCCAAGAUCAGACCAUGAUCGGUUAUAUCGAGCUGAUGCCGUCCAUCCAAACGAACAAGGUUGUGCCGCCGUCUGCAGUCCAUCAGACCUGGUGGUCCGAGCCGAUCGUGCCGACCACGAGGAUAACCCAGCGGUUCACUAUGGUUUGAUCGCUUCGGGGAAUCAGCUGAUGAAGAAUGCGAAAGAGCGCGACAGGCUUGCGUCAGAAAGGGGGAUCCUUUGCUUCGAGAUGGAGGCGGCCGGGUUGACGAAUCACUUUCCCUGUCUAGCUAUCCGCGGCAUCUGUGACUACUCAGACUCCCACAAAAAUAAAGAGUGGCAGGGAUAUGCAGCCAUGGUGGCGGCGGCAUAUGCGAAAGAUCUUCUCUGUCGAAUAGCCCCUAAUAAGAUUGAGGUUGAAGAAAAGUUGGGUGAUAGUCUUUCUGGUCUUCGUGGAGUUGCACAAGAGCAGAAAAAUAUCGCCGAGGAGCAUUUGGACGUUGCAAAACAAGCUCAUGACGCGGCAGCGACACGUUUCCAUCUUCGGCGCGAAACCGAGGCGGAGAAGCUCGAGGAGGAGUGCCACCAAUUAUUCCGCCUUGCUACCACUAGCAAGGAUGUGACAUACGAGUGGUAUAAAGAUCGCGUUGAAGAAAGAAUCGAGGGCACAUGCAUGUGGCUACUCGAGCAUCCUAGCUUCUCUGCUUGGAUGGACAAGGCGUCUGGUCCGCUGUUAGUCACCGCAGAUCCUGGCUGCGGGAAGUCGACAUUGGCCAAAUUCCUCAUCGACCAUUGGCUACCACGAUCAGAUGUCAUCUGCUACUUCUUCUUCAAGUCUCAAGACCAGGACACCGUCCGUCAAGCACUAUGUGCAAUCCUCCAUCAGCUCUUCUCUCAGAUGCCGCUUCUGAUCAAGCACGCAAUGAAAGAAUACCGUGAGAAUGGGAAAAAGCUGAUCAAUUCUACUUCCUCUCUGUGGGCAAUCUUGAAAAAUGCAACGCGGGAUUCCAAAGAUAAGACUGUGACUAUUGUACUUGAUGCCCUGGAUGAAUGCGCCGAGGCCGGGUUCGAAGACUUGAUGCGAAAUCUGGAAAGCCAGUUCCAGGGCCCCUUUUGUCCGGAGAGGCUGAAAUAUUUCCUGACUUGCCGCCCAUACAGCCAGAUAGUGUCCAGUUUCUAUGGUUUACUAAAGCGGUUCCCCAACAUUCAUAUCCCUGGAGAGGAAGAGUCAGAAAUUAUCAGCCAAGAGGUAAAUCGGGUCAUAACCUUUCGAAUCAACCGUUUAUCCCAGAGGAAGCAGCUCCCAAGCCAGGUCAAGAACCACUUGGAGAGGAAGUUACGGGAGCCAGUCCACCGCACUUAUCUAUGGGUAUAUCUUGUCUUCAACUACCUGGACAAGACGGAUUUCAAACAAACCAUAAAGGGUUGCGAAUCAGCUAUAGAAAAGCUCCCUACCACCGUCAACGAGGCAUACGAACAGAUACUUAGCAGAACCAAAGAAGAUACCAUAGUUCGCAAGGUCUUGGGCAUCGUCCUGGCUUCAAGACAGCCGUUGACCAUUUCGGAUAUGAAUGAUGCGAUUAGUGUGGACUAUAACACGCGUUCAAUAAAUGAUCUCGAUUUGGAAUCAAAUGACGUGUUCAAGAUGCAUCUACGGUCUUGGUGUGGACUAUUCAUCUCCGUCUAUCACGAAAGGGUUUAUUUGCUUCAUCAAACGGCUCGCGAGUUCCUGGUUGCAGAGUCUGCGAUACAUGAUGGGACCACUACUCUUUCCCUACAGCGAUGGCACCACUCCUUCACGAUGAAAGCGGCACAUGCUAUUAUUGCAGAGGCGUGCGUGCUUCAUCUCAACUUGAUUAACUCGAACGAUAUUGAAGAGUCUACCAAGCUUGGGGAUUGGGAAUUGAGUUUCGAAGGAGAGAAUGCAGGACAUGCUAGCGGCUCUUCCAAUAGAACAGUCUUUUCAUAUUACGCUGUCGCGAAUUGGGUCUUCCACUUCCGCAAUGCCUCCAUCAUAGAUGGCAACCCUCUCAUUCCACUGACUUUAAAUAUCUUUGAAAGAAGGUCGCAAAGCUACUCGCUCUGGCUCAGGACAUUUUGGGUACAUGAACAUGGGGGUAACCCGCCCGGCUGUCUGACAGAUCUCAUGGUUGCCGCCUCUUUCAACAACCGCCCUAUUAUGAAGAUGCUUCUUGAACACGGCUCCGAGGUCGAAGCAACGGAUGCCAAAUUUAAUCGAACGGCUUUAUCAUGGGCAGCCAAGUCGGGCAGUGAGAAAAUCAUUGAGAUCCUGCUUGAGAACGGCGCAGACAUCGAUUCCACAGAUAUAUAUGGCCGUACCCCGCUGUUGAUUGCUUCGUCAACUGGGCACAAACACGUUGUUAAUCUUCUUCUCAAGAAGGGAGCAAACAUCAACGCUGAGGAUAGAGGGGGUUGGACGGCGCUGACCACAGCUAUAGGAAAUGGACACGAAAUUGGGAGUGAUCAGAUCUACAAGCUUUCCCGCUAUGCGGGCGACAAGAGCGCGCUGCACAUGGCAGUCGAGCGCGGCACCUUGUGGGCGGUCACGAAACUGUUGGAUUACAAACCAAACGACAAGUUAAUGUUAUCCCAAGCGGAUGGCGACCAACGACAGCCUCUCCAUCUCGCGUGUCUAAAUGGACACGAAGUCAUUGCGGGCCUGCUCCUGGGACACGGGGCAGACAUUGAGGCCACACAGUUUACUGGGGCUACUGCUCUCAACGAGGCAUGCUGGAAAGGCCACAAGGCUGUUGUAGAGCUUCUCCUAUCCGAGCAUUACAAUGCCAACACUCAAGUCGUUGAUACAUAUGGGUGGUCUCCGAUCCGAACAGCAGCCGAAUUCAACAGAGACGAGAUUAUCGAAAUUCUCCUCACGAAAAACCCAGCCAACAUCAAUAAGCCUGACACCAACCGGGAAACGCCAUUGCACGCGGCCAGUCGCAGUUUAUUUACCAAAUGCGUGAGGCUGCUCUGUGACGCCGGUGCGGAUUGCAAUUUCCAAGCCGAGGGCGACAACACGGCGCUUCAGUAUGCGCUUGAGCCUGCGGGGGAUGAGAGGGAGGGUCGGCAGUAUGAUGUGGUGGUUGAACUCCUAAAACAUGAUGCCGAUCCUGGGAUUCAGAACGCAAAAGGAGAAACGGCAUUGCAUCUGGCUGCGAGAAGUGGCAACUUUGACAUCUACAAAGCAAUCAAAAUGAAGAUGGGAGAUGGCCAAAGGUGUCUCCAGGAUCAGAAACGAGACACGGCCUUAAGCUCAGCGCUCAAAACACACCCUGCCGAUAUCCUGAAGUGGAUGACAGAUGAGAGGAGCGCAACAGAAUUCGACUCGGAGGAUGAAAUGGAGGCGCUGCUGUGGGCAGCUCAACUUCAAGAGAAUCAUUGCCACGCAGAGUCGCUCUUCGAAAAGAGGAAGGCCAUAAGGCAUCCGCAUAGAGCAGCCCCUGAAGGUUCGCAUACCUGGAGCGCAAUCCAAUGGGCAGCCCAUCUGAAAAUGCCCUCCGUGCUCUGGCUCCUGCUCGCCACUUCUGAUCCAACCAAGAUACGAGGAGCACACCGAGCAGCAUGGGACGAGGCCGAGAGACAGCUCGAGAUGAGAAGGGGCUUUGAGGGCAACAAGUCAGCACAGCGCGAGGCGCGGGCCAAGUUUGAGGGGAAGGGGAAGACAAAUGGACAGCAGAGAGGAGCAGACAGGCAGGAAACUGAGAAGCAAGGAGAUCCGAGGACCAUCGGCAAGCAAAAACCUCGUUCGUCUCGACAAGAGGCCAAGGACCUUGUGCUGGCAAUUCUGCAGGACCCUCCUCCGACGGUUACAUCAGGAGAGGAAGAGAAACUAAAACAUCCAGAAGCCAGUUUUGAACGACAAGAAUUCUUACAGGAAUGGGUUUCAAAGGCUGCUGUCAUUGAAUGCAUCGGGGGAAAGGAUAAGUCGACCCUCUUCACUCAGUUCCGCAGCGUUCAAGACGUCAUCUACGGUACCGGGCCGACAAAGAUCACCAAAGAGCCCGCCGAGACACUGUCCAGGAUAAAGAAACUGAACAACUCGCCCAUCUUUCAAAGGAUUUGCAAACAACAGGAAGAUCGCCUUGGAGAUAGUCUAUUUACAUGGGUCAAUCUUCCAGCAACCAACGUGAGUUUCUUCCAGUCAUCCACUGAGCGACAGGCUGAACUGACUGUCCCGACCAGAUAA